AUGUUUUCGACAGUAUCAGUUUCUGUAUAAGAAUUUAGAGGGAUUCGAACAGCUUCUACAACUGGAACUUCAAGUUAUAGGGAUUUUUAAAGAUUACCAGCAACUAAAACUAAUUAUAAAAGGCAAUAUUUAAAAGGAGCAUCAAAUCGUGUAAAAUCAUUAAAAGAAGAAUCUCAUUUUGUUUAAUUAUGUAGUGACAGAAAAUAAAAUGAGAAGAUAUUUAAAUUUAACAGAUAAGACUAACUAUUAAAUUAUAGAAAUCUUCAUUUAAAUAAAUUACAACCAAUAUCAAAUCAAGAACAAAUUCUCGAAAAUUAAUAACAAUAAGAAUAAUAUAAUAAAUCAUAGAUAAUAUCUCCAAAUAAUAAUUUAAGAAGCUCUGCACUUUAAUUAAUUACUGAUGAAAAGAAUUAACUUAUAGAACUAAUUUACAAUUCGUAAUCAGUGAUAAAAUAAUAAAAGAAGUCAUAUUCUAAUUAAUAAAAAACUGAAGGUUUUCAAAAUGGUAAAAUACCUACUUAAAUAACAGUAUAAUCACCUAAAGCUUUAAAAAAUCAACCUUAAAUUUUGGGUUAAUUAAUAAUUCCAACUAAAAAUAAAAGUGAUCUUUUUGUAAAAAGUACAUAAUUUACCUCUUAUGGUUCUCUAAAAAUAACAACAUAAGAUGAAAGAUAAGGUAUUCCUCCUAAACCAAAGAUUCCAACUUCUUUGGAUGGUGCAAAGAAAUAUAUUAAAUAAUUUAUUUGA